AUGGAGAAAAGCCAAGUCCAUAACGAGGAGUCAGUUCCUGCUCAACUGCAAGUCCUAUCUGGCCGUCAACGAGUUAGGAAGGCUUGCUUAGAGUGCCGUCGCCGAAAGCGCAAGUGUGACGACCUUACCCCUUGCAGGAUGUGUGCGCAAUAUGGUUACGACUGCAUCCGAGACGACGAUUCCGCGGCUAGCGAAACGCUUAAGAUGCGUGCCCCAGAUGUGGUGCUCGAGGGUGGUCAGCCUUCGCAACCUAUCCGCAUCUCUGAGACGCCAGAGUCUAUUGUCAACCAGACUCCAGUUCCUUCCCUCGACCGCGGCAUCAUUGAGCCGGCUAGACGCCGAUACAUGAGCCAGAACUCGGCUGUAGCCUUUCCUAACCAACUCGGCAUGGAGCUUGAAUCUGCUAACCCCCCACGCCUCCACUCGUUUGCCUGGAACUGUGGCAUCCGCGAUGAGGAACCUGGUUCUAUUCAUGCCCCACUGUCUCAAUACGUCAACUUGGAGGGCUGUCAACACUACGCUAACAUCUACUUCGCCACUGUGAACAAGGCAUUUCACCUCUUUGACUCGCAACAUUUUCUCCAGAUGUGUGACACCUACUUCCACCGGCGAAACGAGGAUCUCAUCCUUGGUGCCACGAUUGGAGGCGUCAUUGCCCUCGGCUCUCUCUUUGCUUUCAAUGAAGGCCACCCUCUGGAGUCGCAAAUCGUUAAGCAUGUCAAGGAUGUCCUCGAGGACUCGACUUUCAGUCGUCUGCCCUCCAUUGACCAAAUCAACGCGUGGAUCCUCCGAACCCUAUAUCUUCGCGCGACAACCAGACCCCACCUGACUUGGCUUUCGUCUUGCACCGUCAUGCACCUUGUGGAGGCUGUUGGACUUCACCGCGAUCUUGAGUCGGACCUCGUCACUCAGAGCGGCCAAGUUCGGGCCAAAGAGGACGAAGGAGGCAAGCGAACCUUCUGGCUCGCUUGGUGUAUCAAUACAAUCAUUUCCUACGAAUAUGGCCGCACUAGGGUUCACAUUAACGGCAUUGACCCUCGAGCCACCCCGUUUGAUAACCACAGUGAGACUGGUCUUCAAAUACGCAUGGCUAGAAUCUUGCCCAGCGAGAAUACCAAUGCCGACAUCAUGGCCCUCAGCAAGUCUCUUGAGACCGCCAUUCAACAGCUUCUCGAUCUGGGAGACAUCUCGGGCUUUCCUGCCCUUACCAGAGGAGAUCUAUGUUUCUGCCUCUAUCGCCGCCUGCGUCUCCUUAAGGUUGCCAUCAGCAAAGAGACCUUGGCCAACAUCAUUCAGAUUGGCCACACCGCCGUCGAGGUAGCUAUUCAACUGGCUAACCGAGAAGCCCCAUGGUGGAACGUCUUGGGCACCCCUUUCCAGUUCUUCUGCGUCUUGCUCGCUAUUGACACCCGUGCCGCCCUUACCAAGGUUUCGUGGGUUGUUCCUAAGCUCGAGCGCAUCGCGACUAUCCUUGGCACGCACAUGGCCAGGGAAGCAGUCGAGACAGCUCAUGUCCUCCUGAGUGAUGCAUGGGCUAAGAAGAGACAGGAGAUUGCCCUGCUGGAGAUGUCGGAGGGUAAUGUCCUCCCGCUUCUCAACAACAGAGAGCCCACUCCUGACUGGGAUGCCAUGUUGAACCCAUUCUACGCCGGAGACUUCAAUGUUAAGGAUUUUGGAAUUUGA